AUGGCUGAGUCUGAGCAUCUUCGUAUGGCUGCUCGCGCCGAGCAGGAUUUGAACACCUACCAAGCCAAACAGGGUCUUGGACCGAAGAGUGAUUCUGUUCUUGAGUCCAACGUUGACGAAAGGGCUGACAAAAAGUUCCGUGAAGCAACGGGCAUCAAAACCGGCCGAGAGGCAGGCGCAACGGGGAGCAAUCGGAAACCCAUUCCUGAAGACGAAGGAGGCACUCGAGACUCUCGUGGAAGACUGGCGCCCGCUGGCGACUAUGAAGGUGUUGGAGGCCCUGAGGACAAAGUAAAACUUGAGUCUGAACGCCGUCCAGGUGACCAAGACACGCUCAAUCUUCAAGAUUUGAAGCGUCAAGGUCUUUCUCGGUAG